CCAAACACCCGGCUUCCAAGUUUAUUGAGGAUCCGCUGAACCAGAACUGCCACUACGACAAACUGAUCUGCACAGUCUCUCAGGUUGGACCUGGACCCCUGGCAUGAAGUACUUCAGCAGUGAGCCCUGGGCAGCCUUUGCCGUGCUCUUGUUCACCGCCACUCUCCCAUAUUCUUCCUCAGCAGCUGAGGAAGGCUCCAAUGUUUCAACAAGCUCCUCGCCUACGACCGAGUAUGAACCACAGUGCCUUAAAGUGAACUUCUGCACGCAAGCUGCCGUAUGUUGCCCAACGGGUAUGGACGAUUACGGAUGGAUUGCAGCUGCCGUUGGCUGGAGCCUCUGGUUUCUGACUCUCAUUCUGCUCUGUAUGGACAAGCUUAUGAAACUCCGGCCUGAUGAACCCAAGUAUUUGGUAGCCUGAAAGCAAGGCAAGCCAGCAUGCAGCAGCACCCCGGAGCAGCAAGGUGCAGACAGACCAAUAAAGCAUUUCAAUUGCUAAGGACCAAAAAAGAACAGUCACAUACCUUUAACUAAGAAAGACCAGAUCUAAGCGAGGCUUCAUCCUCCCCAGCAGGUCAGAACUGCCAGUGUCUGUGGAGCAGACUUCAGUCCCUGCAAGUCACUAUAGUACAUGCCACUGUGUAGAGAAAACCUUCUUUUCCCUGAAUCCUCAUAGUAAGACAGUAUAAUAUAGCCCUCAUUCAAUGUGUAAUUGCGUGUGCUUGCUGUGAGUGUGCCAGCAACAACUGGGCAUUGAAUCACCAGUUACCAGUCUACAUUAGACUGCCUUAAGGCAACCCAGUACAUGAUGUUUGGCAUUGAAAUAGUAAGUGGGCAGAUAGACCUAAUUUCUGCAGGAUCAAUGUUACGAGAUCCAUUACUAAGCAUGCGAACUGAGCCUAAGCUAUGAGCCAGGUUACAUGAGUAAACUGAUCUAACUCAUUGAUUAUACUGAGUUGUUUUCACUCAUUAAACUGUGUUUUAAAGCCUGUUUACUGAUACUAGUGAAAACUCUGCUAUGGAGGCUUAAGAUGGAGCCUUGUUUGGCCUGGUUUUAAAUUAAAUCUAGUUAUUCCAGUGUAAUUUGUAUGUGGAUUCUUUCGUAGGAAUUUAACAUUUGUUGUCUUUAUUCAGCUUGCACCUGCCCAUUUAACUAAGCCAUGCUGAACUGCAGCAAGCCAGUUUAAACCAGUGUAUCCAAUUUAUGCACAAAGCUGCUCCUAUUUAUGUAAGAUGCUGAUAAACACUGUUAUUUGCAUUGAUGGAAAAAUUCAAAUUGACUAAUUUAAUCCUAGUUUAUGUUGAUAAAGCUUAUAUUUCCAAGGAAUUAUCAUAUCCAAAUUGUUAGAAACAUUUCAAAUGAGAAAUAUUCAUGGAGAGGGGUUUAUCCCACUGCGAUGAAAUUGUCUGAUAUGGGGAAGUUGCACCAGUUUGACUUCCAUCCAUUAUUAAAACAAUAAAUCAGUAUUAAAUCCAUCUAGACAUACAUCAGAUUAGCAAACCUGCUAGAGACAAACUGAAAUGAACCAUGAAGAGUCAUUCUUAAGCCAAAGAAAACUCUAUUAGAGAUUUGUAUUUAUUAAAUAUUAUUAAAGGCUCAUCUCUGCUUAUUAAUGUAUAACUCUCCCAUUUAGGAAACACAAAUCAAUCUAAAACUCUUCAAAUUAAUCCUGGCACAACUAAGCACUUUGAUCAGGGCCUAAAGGGCAAUUUUGUGCCAUCUCAAAUUGAAGGAUGGUCACCCAUUAUCACCUGGAGCAGGAACAAUUCUAACUGUAGGAAUGGGUAAAGUUGGACACAGAGAAUGACACCUUUCCCAAUCAUUAAUAUCACCUCACACAGAAACUCUUACGGAGGGAAAAUGCUGAGCUAAGAUGCUAGCAUCAGGAAAGAAAGUUUUGAAAGGGAAGGGCUUAACUCUUCUGUGGCAUUUUUAUUGUGUGACUUUUUUGUUUUAUUUUUACAUGCCCCAUAACGCUACUAGCAAACAAUCACAAAACAUUGCUCAAUUAAGAAAAAAAUCUCAACAUUUCAACUUAGAAUGAUUAAAACAAAAGUAACAAUCAUGAGACAAAUCUCAAUGUUGGACCAGCCAACUACUACUUUCCACAAAAAAUACAUAAACUUGCUCAUGUACAAACUCACAGGAACAAUGGAUUCUACAUUUUAUUGUUGGUGUUGAUUGACAGAAUAGUGAGUUGACAAUUAACCACUGCAAUUAUUGAUGGACAACAAAUCUUAUAGCUACAUACAUCAUUUUUCCUGAUUUAUUAUUUUUAAUAGUGGAAAAUGUGCAUUGGUCUGAAAGCAAUAUGAUAGAUACUGUGAAAAAUCUCCACAUAUUGCCUUAGUGUCUACCUGCUACAGAUCUCUUCCUACGGUUCUCCAGUUUUAUAAAAAUUGUUCUCCUGGUUGGAAACACAGAAGCGACUGCUGGAUAUGGCAUCAGUUUUGAUUUUUGAGCAGAUUUGUUUUAUGGUUUUCUCACUUCCUUGGCUAAGGCCAUAAGCACAUGCAUGCAGUCAUGGAAGCUAAAUCUAUUCCAAACUAGAGUUGUAAACACAUGACCCAAGCUCUAGCUGUCUUAUAGCCCAGCACAACACGUGCAGACUUACCCCAUAAUAAUUGGGCAAUUUCUUUUGGCUUCCUAAAACCUGCCUUUAAAAGCACAGUUUGCUUAUCAUACUUUCCAAAAUAGUCUGCUUGUGUGCAGCUACCUUCAGGGAAUGUAGUAGCUUAAUCCUCAAGUUUUACUUCUCACAGCUUACUUCAGGUAUUCUCAGCUCAGCCAAACUUGGUAUGGGUGUAAGAAUCAUGGCUUUUGAUAUAGCGUAACACCCCCACAGUUUUGUAUACCUCUGUUUAAGGGUGACAACCAAGUCUCAACAAAGUCAGGUAUAGAAAAGGAAUAUCUUAUAUACCAUUGCUGCUGUGAAAUGCAUACCAUUUCUAGACCACUGAUCUGUAAACUUCUAAUCUGGUAUAACAGUUUUGUUUGCUUACUGUACCAACCCCUUUGAUACUUGACAUUACCAAGUUUGAUCUAUAGCAUUUUCCAUUCAAGUUAUUUGACCUACAACAAAGUGGAUCAGGUCACUGAUAAAAUGCAGCCCUGUAAUGAAUUUCACAAACAUACUACUACUGUCCGUGUGUUCUGGGAUCUUUAAAUGAAGUGGCAGUAUCCCAGAAGGUCAUAGCCUACCAGUGUAAACAUCUUACCUGUUUCUAUGCAAUACAGUACAAAACAAUAAAAUCUUAUUUUAAAAACA